AUGUUAUUAUCAAAAUAAAACUAUGAAGAUUUUUAAUAAUACAACAUUCACAAAACAAUGAAAUAAGAAGAGUUCUAAAUAAAGUAGAUGAAACAUGAAGUUAUGAAGACUUCACUUGAAGAAUAAAGAUAAUUACAAGAAGAUAUGAAAAGAAGAAAUUUAGAAUUAAAAUAAAAAGAAGACAAUGAUGAAAUUUAAAGAAUAUAAAUGAUAAAUAAAGAAUUAUUAGAUUAGUAGAAGUAAAAGAAACUAUAAACAUAAGAGUCUUUAUCUAAAAAGUAUUCAGAAAUUAUAGAUUAAAGGAAUUCUAUUAUGAAUUAAAAAGUAAAGAUCAUAAUUAAUUUUAUAGAGAAAAGAAGAUUUAAAUAUUGAAAAUUAACUUAUUGAUAGUGCUUAAAAAGCUUUAUAAGAAGAAAGAUAAAUUUAAUUGUAAAAAAGACUUUUAUAAAAAUAAAUUUAUGAUGAAUAAAUGAAACUUAUAGAAGAAAAGAAACAAAGAGAAAGAAUUAAUAAAAAUUAAGAAAGAUUAUUAUUUUAAGAUUAUGCAAUUAAAGAUUAAUAAAGGAUUAUUUAAUAGGAAGAAGAUUAUAAGAAAGUAUUCUUUUCUCUUAUUAUUAGUAUUAUUAAAGAUUGGCUGAAAGAAAUGAGCAUUUGUAGGAUAUUUAUAGGAAAAAUGUUGAUGAUCCAAAAUCUUCAUUAGACUAUAUUAUAAAUAGACAAAUUAAAGAAAAGAUGGAGAGAGAUUAAGAAGAAAUGAAUACUAAAAGAAUGAAUGAUAAGAAUCUUAAAGAUUAAUACUUAAAUACAUUAUCUUUAUAAUUAAAAGAAAAAGAAUAAAGAAAAAAAAAUCAAGAUAUUUUAAUUUCUCAAAAUCAAUAAGAAAUUCGAAAAGCAGCUGAAAGCUUUAAUGAUGAAUAAUAAUUGGAGAGAAGAAAAAAAAGAGAAUUUUAAUCCUAAUAUUAUGAUUAAUUAGCAAGUUUGGUAAAAAAUAUAUUUUAUUAAAUCAAUAUAGGGAAAUGGUUAAAAUCAACAUGAUAAAUUAAUUGAUAAUAAUAACUUAUCAUAAUCAUAGAUUUAUAAUCCAUUAACAAAUCCAAAUCCAAAUCAAAUAUAGAAUCCAUAUAUUUUAAGAUAACUCGGACUAAGUAAAUCAAAUCAUAUCUAAUCACCUCAUUUAAGUUAAUCGAAACUAGCUUAAUUAGGUUAAAGCAGUCUCUUCAAAUGAG